AUGAGCGGGACGUCAAGCGACGUGGCGACGGGCGGCGUGUUCUCCGCGGUGCAUCGCGUCAAGGACAGCGCGGUACACGUGUGGGGUCAGCAGAGACCGAUGAGCGAGGUCUUAGACGCGAGCGCGUACUCCAGACCGGCGAACUUUGGUGAUGCCACGUCGAGGAUGCAAAAGAACCUGAACUACUUCCGGAUCAACUACCUGGUGUUCACUUGCGCGGUGCUGUCGCUAUUUGUCUUGUUCCACCCGAGCUCGCUCGCGGUUUUCGGUGGCGUCGCAGCGGCGUGGGCGUACGUGUUCGCCGUUCGAUCGGAACCGUUAAAGAUAGGUGAUAGAGAGCUCAGUCAUCGCGAGCAGUUGAUGGGGAUGACGGCUUUGAGCGCGUUCGUGAUCUUCAUGCUCACGAGCGCCGGUACGGUUUUGUUUAGCGGCAUGGGAGUCGCCCUGCUCGGCAUCGGCGCGCACGCCGCCGCGAGAGUGCCGGACGACUUGUUCGUCGAAGACGCCGAAAGUAACAAGGGGUUUUUCUCCUUCCUCGAGCCCCCGGCGAGGAACGGCGUGUCCUCGGGCACCGUGUAA